AUGGAGAGCAAUAAUAAUGUUGACUAUUUGCAAUUUCAGUCUGAACCUUCGGGAAGACAUAAGGGAAAGACACACAUUAUUAUAGUGGGGGCCGGUAUAAUAGGUGUUUGCACCGCCUACUUUGUUGUCAAGCACCCUGAGUUUGACCCCGAAAAGUAUCAUAUUACGUUGAUUGAGAGCAAAAGAGUAGCGGGGGGAGCUAGCGGUAAAGCAGGUGGUCUACUUGCGUUAUGGGCAUUUCCUGAACAGAUUGUUUCAUUAUCUUUCAAUUUACACCAAAGCUUGGCCAAUGAAUACAACGGGGCGGAAGAGUGGGGAUACAGGCGAUUAACCACUGUUUCAUUGGAAGGUGACAUAACAAACGUAAAGGAAGCCGAUGAUGAUGUUGACGAGGAUGAUACGGACAACAACGUGGCGGACAAACAAAACAUCUUUAAGGAUAGUUUCAGACAAACCACUGCACACGAUAGUGACUCUUCAUCCUCGGCUACCGAAAAACCGCCUAAAAAGACGGCCAGAAACACUAGAUCUACUUCAGUUGUGCAGUUGGAUUCUUCAAAAAGUGCGCUCCCUUCAAGCUUAAACUGGAUUAACUCGUCACUCAUUGACAACUGCACCACUUUGGGUGGCACUGAUACAACCGCACAAGUUCACCCAUAUAAAUUUACAAACUUUAUGCUCAGAAAAGCAGUCGAAUGUUCCCAAGGAGCAUUGGAAUUGAUUCUAGGUAAAGUUGAGGAAAUCACCUAUUCGGAGGAAACAGGAACUGCUACUGGGGUCAUAUACCAACCUACUUCAAUAAAAGAUAGUGAUAAGUACCAGGACAAGUUGAUUGAGUUGGGAGCUGACAAAACUGUUUUAACUGUUGGACCCUGGAUGUCAAAAAUUUUGCCCGAUUGUCCUAUAUCUGGGUUGAGAGCACAUUCGAUUACCAUAGCACCUUUCAAGGACCAACCAGUAAGCCCGUACGCGAUAUUCACCGAGUUGAAAGUGGCUCGCAAUUCGUACAUAUCACCAGAGAUUUAUGCAAGACAAGAUGAAGUGUAUGUUUGUGGAGAGGGUGACAGCGCAGUUGACGUUCCAGAAACAACCGACGACGUUGAAGUUGUGCGGUCAAAAUGUGACGAACUUUACAACCAAGUGAGUAAGAUAUCACCAAACUUGAGAAAAGGUCAUAUAUUGAGACGACAAGCUUGCUAUUUACCAGUGUUGGACGUUCCUUCAUCGAGUGGACCUUUGAUUGGAGAGACAAAUGUGACGAAUCUAUUUUUGGCAUCAGGACAUUCUUGCUGGGGGAUCAAUAAUGCUCCCGGUACUGGGAAGAUAAUGAGUGAAUUAUUGAUUGAUGGGAAAGUCAAAUCGGCUGACAUUUCAAGUUUGGAUCCAUCCUUCUACUUUGACGCUAGCGUCAUUUUAGACGAUUAA